UCACAGAAGCUUUCCAUUAUAUAUAGCCUUGCGUCUGUGUUGGGGGGCUGGGGGUGUGUGUGUGUGCGUGUGUGUUUGUGUGCGUGUCCUGGGACUGGGAGCCUGUAUUGUAAUCCCCCUCACUCUUCACUGUCUAUACACAAAUAAUGAUGAUGAUGCUGAUGCUGAUGAUGAUGUUGGUGGCUGCCCCUGAAUUUUUCUGCGGAUUCACAACUUUUCUGUGACUGCCCUUUUCUCCUUUACCGAUUGAGUUUGAGCUCUUCUCAUUUGCAGUGGUUUGUUGCGUGGUAUCAUUGAUUUUUCAUUGGCUUCGUCUUCACCAUAAGGAGUAAUUUACAGGAAGCUGACUUUAUAGGCCUGAGAAUUGAAAUCUUGAUAGGCUGUUCUCUAGUUUGCUGACAUGGGUGAGAGCAGUGAUAUUGGUGGUAGCAGAGAAAUGCAUUCUUCUAUUUCAGCUUAUGGAAAAGGAAGUAAGAACAAGAGGAAGUAUUUGGCAGAGUUUCCUCUGGACAUGAUUGAUGUAUCAGCCCUGUCGUUGACUGAGUUCCCAAGAUAUGAGUUACUGGAGGAAAAACUUCGCAAUACCCAAAUUGAGCUUGCUCCAGUGGAGGCAAGGUCUGAUAAUCCUUGUCAAGAACAUGAAGUGGAAGAAGCUGACCAGGACGAAUGGGAUGAUCCUGUUGUUUGUCAGCUUCAGGAACUUUUAUCAAGUAACCUGCUUGAGACUUUCCGCAGUGCAAUUAAGAAGGUAGUUGAAAGUGGAUACAGUAGUGAAGUUGCUGAGCAGCUUAUUUUGAGGAGUGGCCUUUACCAUGGUACUAAGGAUGUUGUAUCAAAUGCUGUGGAUGGUGCUUUGGCACUUGUGAGUAGAGAAAAGGAACUAGAAACUUCAAGGCAUCAUGUUUUUGAGGAUUUAGACAGCCUGGUGAACUAUACAAUACUUGAGAUGAUAGCAGUGGUUAGGGAAGUUAGACCAUGUUUAACUGUGGGUGAAGCAAUGUGGUGGCUCUUGAUUUGUGAUCUGAAUCUAUUACACGCAUGUAUAGUGGAUAGAGAUCACUUGAGUAGCUUUUGCAUCCCAGAAUAUUCUGGAGAAAGCCCAUGUGAUUCAACAGUUUCUCCAUUGACACCAGAGGCUGCUGAAACAAGUGAUCAAAACCUCAACAAGUCAUGUACUUCGAAACUGUCAGCUCCAAGAGCAAAAAAUUCUCAUUCUGAGAUGCCUGCAAUUGCUGCAGUCAGUCAGUUGCCCAACUCAAAGAAUUCCCAUGUUCAUGAUGUUGCAAUCACUGGGAAAGAAGGUUUAGUUCCUCCUGGAGAAACGCGGGGGAAAUCCUUGAGCACUGGUCGGGAGCAUGUCCCUAGUGUAACUCAAGCUGUUGUAGAAGAAAAAGCUGUGCUUAGUCGAAAGGGUUCAGCAGGUAGUUCCAAGAGAGACAUGCUUCGACAAAAAACAUUUCAUUUUGAGAAAAGUUACAAAGGCCGUAUGUCUAAGGGUGCUUUCAAAGCAAAGCUGACUACCUGGGGUAGCAUGGUGUUGGACAAGUCACUGAAGUCACCGUCUGGCUCUUCUGGUGUGGUAAUGAAGAGUACUUAUUCAAAAAUAACUACUUCAAUUGGAGCUAAUGGUCCUCUUCCUGAUGGCAAUUGUAAUAUCUCUAGUAACUCCACAUCUGUUCACCAAGGGACAGAUGCACCUAGUGUGUUGUCUGUGGCAGACACAGUUUUCGCAUUACCUGCAGUAAACAAGAACAAUCCUACAUCUUCAACGCUUGACCACAAGCCUGCUGCAAAAGCCAAAACCAAUCAUACUAACUCCUCUGAAGUUCCUGAUUAUUAUGCUGGAAUUCCGUAUGAUGAGUCUCUGGGAAAGUAUGUUCCCCAAGAUGACAAGGAGGAAACAAUAGUGAAUCUAGCUUCCCACAUGAAAGCAUUGCAGAAAGAAAUUGAAGUCUGGAAGGAUUGGGCAAAUGAGAAGGUGAUGCAGGCUACUCGGAGGCUUAGCAAGGAUCAGGUGGAGCUGAAAAUGUUGAGGCAAGAGAAAGAAGAGGCUGAUAGAUUCAAAAAGGAGAUGCCAGCUCUGGAGGAAGGUUCCAUGAAGAGGCUCUCUGAGAUGGAGUAUGCAAUUUCUAAUGCUGCAGCUCAGAUUGAGACUGCUAAUUUGAGUAUUCACAGGCUUGAAAAUGAGAAUAAUGUGCUGAAAAGUCAAGCAGAGGCUGCUAGAUUCCAGGCAUUAAAGGCCAGUACAAAUUUUACUAAGGCGGUGAAGAAAGAGCAGGAGGCACUGAAGGGGCUGCAAUUGGCAGACACGGAGAAGAUUGCUUUGCAGGAGGAGUUAGCAACUCUGAAGCACCAUUUGGCAGAUUUGCAACACCAACUAGAAAAGGCAAAAACUCGCAAAAACCAGUUUGAGGCCCUAUGGAAGCAGGAAGAACGAGAAAAACUAAAGUAUUAUAGACAAGCUGAGUCACUGAAGAGGGAAACUGAACAACAGAAAGCUCGGACAAAAGCAGAGGAGGACAACCUGCGAGAGACAGAUGAAAGAAAUAUACAAAAUUGCAUGGAAAAUGUUAAGAAGCUUGAGAAAGAAAUUUCUGAGUUGAGAUUAGAGUCUGAAUCUUCAAGAAUAGCAGCACUUCUUGGGGGAGUUGAUAUUGGCUAUGGUAGUGGCUUAAUGGGUAGCAAAGUUGCCUCUGCUUGUCAGGGUUUUCAGGUGCCCAAAAUUAACAAGAGGUUGGCAGUCUUCCAGGACAAUUUUGGGGCAGGAAGUGUAAGGCCUGAAAGGGAGUGCGUUAUGUGUUUGACAGAAGAGAUGUCCGUGGUAUUCCUACCAUGUUCACAUCAGGUUCUUUGUGCAGAAUGUAAUGUCCUCCAUGAAAAGCAAGGCAUGAAGGAUUGCCCUUCAUGCAGGACGGCAAUCCAGAAGCGAAUCCCGGUGCGAUACCUCAGUGCUCAGCAUCCUUAAUAUUUUACCAGGAGAAUGGAGUAGAUUGUUCCUAGUAGAUAAUCGCUCAGCAUUUGCCAUGCUGACAUUUAUGCCUCUUUGGCCUUUUGGUUGUUGGUGGAAACAAAGUACAAGAGAAAAGGUAACAAAACUAAGAAACUGAAAAGAAAGAUGUUAAUAGUUGGUGCUGCCUUGUCAGGCUUAGAUGCAACUUUUUGAAACAUUUACUUAUUGUGCAUCCAUCUCAAUCAUUAUAGUGCUCGUUGCCUGCUCAAGUCUCAA